UUUGUGGUUCCUUGAAUAUUACUCACUUGGCCUAUGCGGAUGAUCUUAUGCUCUUUUCAAGAGGUGACAAACAUUCCAUUGGAAUUUUGGUCAACGCUCUUAAAGAGUUUGGGGACGUUUCUGGCCUUAGAGUUAAUCAUGAUAAGUCCAAUAUUUUCGUUGGUGGGGUUAAUGGUUUUGACUUGCAGAAUAUUUUAGAUCUUGUGGACUAUGGUCGUGGGGUGUUCCCGGUGAGAUAUCUUGGGGUCCCGCUUGCACCGCUUAAAGUCUCUGUGGCUCAAUAUGCUCCCCUUUUGGAGACGGUUAAUGAUUUUCUAAAAACUUGGAAUACUAAGACUAUUUCCUAUGCUGGUAAGCUUGAGCUAAUUCGGUCUGUGAUCCAAGGGGUCCAAUCAUUUUGGCUCCAGGUCUUCCCGGUUCCCAUUACUAUUUUGGAUAGGAUUGUUUCGAUCUGUCGUAUCUUUCUAUGGGGUGGUAAGUAUGCCAAGGUGGCCUGGGAUGACAUCUGUCUCCCUAAAGAGGAAGGGGGUCUGGGCAUUCAUAAUGCCAAGGUGUGGAAUCACGCCCUCCUCGCUCGCACCCUUUGGGACGUUCACAUGAAGAAAGACACCCUUUGGGUGAGGUGGGUGAACGGGGUCUACCUUAAGUGUAGGACCGUGUGGGACUUUGUCCCACACACCCGGGACUCACAGCUCAUGAAGCGGUUGAGUCUCAUUCGGGAUAAGAUUCGGAGUUGCUUUAAUAAUUUGAAUGAUACUAUCUUAGGCCUUAAAUCUCGUACCACUAAUGGAAAAUUAGCCUCCGCUAAGAUCUAUGAAUUGUUAAGAGUCAAGGGUGAAGUUAGGACUCCUAUGAGUUUCAUAUGGAAAUCCUACAUCCCCCCAAAACUCUCUUUUAACGUGUGGUUGGCCUUGAGAAACCGACUUCCUACCCAGGAUAGCCUUGGUUAUCUCCACAUUGUAAACAGGUGCGACUUAUGCAAGGGUGGUUUGGAGACAAUACCACACCUCUUUUUCCUAUGCCCAUUUACGUGUAGGAUAUGGCAGCAGAUAAGGAAUUGGAUGGGACUCGGGCAUGAUAUGACAACGUUGCUAAGUGCAAUUAAGUGGAUCACGAAGACUCAUAGAGGAUCGAAUAUGAAGGCAAAGGCUGCUCGUAUUGCUUUUUGUGCGACAGUUUACUACAUUUGGCAUGCAAGGAACGAAGUUAGAUUUGAUGAUGGCAAGAAGACGGAGGAGGACAUUAUAGCAAAGAUCAAACACGUGGUUUACAAGAUACUCUUUGGUAUCUACCCGCAUGAGGUGGUCACCUUUUGACAUGGACGCUUUGAAGCCUCGGCUUUUAUGGAUUUGUGGAUCUGUGUGCGUGCAGUCUUGCAACAUCGAUUUGUUUUUGACGUGUUGGGGCAUUUAGUAUUGUAUACUUAGGCCCCAGUUUUGAUUUUGACUUUGGGAUUAGAUCAAAUAAAAACCUCUCCCAAUCCCUACAUUAGGUAGGGGUGGGAGGCUUUAGGAGAUCUUGAACCUUUUGAUGUAUAUUUUCUUGGGUGUUAAUAUAUAUUUACAUUUCAUCCAAAAAAA